CUUAAAUGUAUUUAGCAGAUACAAAUUGGCAUCAGGAUGUAAAAAGCUUUUCCUGUAGGGGCAAAUUGGAAUUUAUUCAUAUUUUUACUCUGUGUUCGAGAAUAUUAUUACUAUAUGUAUGAAAAGACUCGGAGAUCAUAGGGGAUGAUGGCAGCGCAGGUGAAAUCAUUCAUAUUUUUAAUGGCCUUAUUACUUCUUCUGUGUACAUGUUUCUGUUCUGAAUCAUCACGUUCGAAACGCCAAAAGAGAGGUAUAAUGAAAAUGAUGAUGCAUAUCAUGUGGGAUCCUGUUCGUUUGAUUCGAUAUUGGUAUGCUUAUGAUGUAACAAAAGAAAUCGCAAAAAGCUGGAGAAAAAUCAUUCCAACCAUUAUGCUAUUACCUAUCAGCUCUCAUUUGCCAGCAUCAUCUGGUAUCGCAAAAUAUGUUCAUCCUACGACAGGUGUCAAGAAUACUGACUAUCAUAAAGGUAUAAAGACAUUUCAAUAUCCUAAUGUGCCUCUUGGAGGUGAAUCAUAUUUGGGCCACUCAUUUUCAGAUCAUUACUUCCACAGGAUGGUGCAACAAUCAGAACAAGACUCAAAACAUCUUGCUGCACCACCAAAAAACGUACAUGGAUUUCACCAGAAACAAAUGAUCCUAUAUGGACCACCUACAGUUUACCGAAAGCAUGUAAAUGGUGGAACAGAUGAUGAUGCUAAAAAAUUUAUGUAUUUAUCUUCGGGAGGAUAUGAGGAGAAUAAAAGUGCUGAACAAACAAUAAUACAGCAUGUCCCCCAUUCGAUUCAAGAUGACUCUAGUAAUAAGUUACAUUUCCCUAAACCUACUAGCAAGAAAAGUCCAAUGCGUGAUGUUAUAAUAAAACCUGUACCAAUUCCAUACGAAGUAGCUGAAAGAUUAUUUGUAAAUCCAAUGUCUUCAUCAGAAAUUAAAGACCACAAUGUUGGUUUUCAAAGUAGUGUCGACCAUAAGGAUACAACAAGCAAUCGUUUUAAUCACGUUCGGAAGGGAAGUAAUGCUAGAGAUCAAAAUGUUCAUUUUGUUGGACAUCAAGAGUUUUCUGUUUCAAAUUCUGCAAAACAAAAUCAUUUACAACUAUCUUCUGAUAGUCUUUCAUAUGUUAUCGAUGAUCAACAUCAGCAACACGAUUCGAAUGCAGAACAAGAACCACAAGAGGUACAUAUCAUUCUACAUCCAAUUCCAGUAAGCAAUUUUAAUCCUAUUCACGCCACAUACGGUAGUCAUAUUCCAUUUAACAUGCACUCAAAUCAGUCUGUUGAUGAAAAUAUCCAUCACAUUCCUAUUUUAAUAAAAGCAGCAGAUGUCCAUUUGAAUCCCCUUACUUCUCAUGAAGAGAGUUCUAUAUCUAUAGAAAAUAGAAAAGAGCUGGACACAGCCAAUAAGGCUGAUACCGUUAACUCUAUUAUACUUCUAAAUAAAAACGGAAGUAACGCUAAUACAGAAAAUUCAAACACAUCUUCAGAAACAGAUUCUAAGCAUUCACCUCAAGUCACUUGGAUAUCAAUGCAAAAUGCAAAGCCUACCAAGUAUAAGGAUAAGAAUUUUGAUUUGAAUUCAGAUGGAACAUCCAUAAGAAUUAGUUCAUUGCAAAAAAACGACUACAGUAAUAACUAUGAUCUUCAUAAUCAGAAUCUAAAAUUAGAAAAUCCCAAAUCUCUUCACAGGGUUCCAUACCCACUUCAAAUAAAUGGUCACAAUAUCGAUCUUGAACAGCUGCGAGAAGAUCUGAAACACGGAACUCCGGUUCUGAUUCCUUUCAAUAGAAAUGGUUUUACUUCUGACACACAGAAGAAAAUCAUAUCUGAUGAAAAUCAGACUGAAAAGAGUCAAGAAUCCCAUUUUAGUGUUGAUGCUAUAAAAUCAUCAGAAGGAAUUCUGCCAAAUGGACAAAAGCCUAGACAAGAAGAAAAAAUAUUACACAAAUUACCUUCUAGUACUGAGCAGUUUAAUGGAAGUACUUCAUCACAAAAGUUAAUGCUGUUUCUUACAAAGAAAAAAAUAGAUUAAAUUAUUUCAACACAUACUUUGUUAAAUAUUAAAAUACUUAUUUAUUUAUUA